CCUCAAUAAAGAAUACAUUGUCUUGACUUUUGCCUAUAUAUACAUUUAUUUUUUCCUGCCAUUACCAUCGUCAUGUCAAAUACUCUGAUAAAGCUGAACGCGCGCAUUUUGAAACUGCCAAUAUGCAGUAUGCUUGUUAAACUCAGCCGCUUGGACCUGUCUGUCCCUGCCACCCGGCUUAAAUCCUCGCUGACUCACGUAGACGAAGCGGGAGACGCGCACAUGGUCGAUAUCAGCGACAAACUGCCGACACAACGACUGGCAAUAGCCCGUGGGCGUGUGCGCAUGAACCAGGAUACAUUUGACUUGGUCAAGCAGGAUAAGAUUAAAAAGGGCAACGUGCUCACGGUCGCCCAGGUGGCUGGAAUCAUGGGCGCCAAAAACUGCUCGCAAAUAAUCCCACUGUGUCACCCUAUCGGAAUUACAAAGGUUUCUGUUGAAUUCGCGCUUGAAGAUAGGCUUCAUAGCAGCCCUCUGAACUGUGCGGUAGCCAUCGAGGCCCAAGUCAAAUGCAAGGGUGAAACUGGUGUGGAAAUGGAGGCCCUUUCGGCCGUCUCAAUCGCAGCGCUGACUGUGUUUGACAUGUGCAAGGCCGUAUCAAAGGAUAUGCGCAUCGAAGACCUACGUGUUGUUGAAAAGUCGGGUGGCAAAAGUGGGCAUUGGAAAAACGAAUGACUAAUUUUUAUUUUCAUUUUUUCGAAAUACUAUUGCUAGAAAUCGAGCAUUAGCUGCGCUAGAACCUUUUCUAGGUCUGAUUCGUCCACAGGCUGGCCGGCUCCCGACUCCACGCGACUGGCCUUGGUCCGGUCAAUGGCCUCUUUGGCAAACAUGAGUAGGAACUCAGCUGACAGCUCCAGCGCGUCGCCCUUGAUAUCGGUGUUUGGCCUUUUCCAAGCGGUCUUGAAUAUGGCCUUGAUAGCCUCCUACCAAUAUAUACAAAUUAUGCGUCUUUAGCGUGCUUUGUGCGUAAAACAAAAUGCAAUGUUAAUAUAGGAAAAAUAUAUUCUGAAAAAGAACGUACCGGUUUUAGCUUUAUUUCGUCCAUGGUUUCACAAACUUGUUUUGGUGUACAGAUGAU